CAAAAGUUAACAAAGUGGAUAAAAAGGCCAGCGAUCUCUACUUUGCGGUUCACCUUGAAAUUCGUUCGUUCAAGUUGUUUUGCUGCCAUCGUCAUCGUUCAGUGUUUGACCACCUCUUUUCGUGUGCGGUCGCUUCUAUUAUCCCGUCCUAUCGAAAAUUUCUAAUUUAAAAAAACAUGUUAGUCGUUUUCACCGCGUUUUAUCUAUUCGCUUAUUGCGACGGAUAUAUGGAAAUGCCUGCGCCGCUGCCCGGCACCAACACCUACCAACUCCGGAUGCCAGGUGUCAUUCCCUCCAAGGAUGACGAUUAUGUUUGCACGGCGUUUAAACUGGACCCGGAGAAGGAAAUGUACAUCACCCAGUUCAAAGUGGAAGGAUCGGCCGAAAAGGCCCAUCACAUGAUUCUCAGCGGAUGCGCUGGCGUUUUCACCAGUUCGCCCAACACGACAUCUUGGAAUUGCGGCUCUCACGCUACGUGCACUGGAUCAACCAGGAUUUUGUACGCCUGGGCUAAAAACGCAGCCGGAACUAAGAUGCCUCCGGAGGUUGGAUUCCGCAUCGGUGGCGCUGGAAAAUCGCGGGUCAAAUACCUGGUCGUCCAGGUCCAUUACGCCACUAAAUUAGCGCCAGGUGAGCGUGAUUACACGGGAUUGGACUUGGAAAUCACCAGCCAACCGCAGAAAUACAUUGGCGGAAUUUUAUUGAUGGUCGGCAGUCCCGAGAUUCCGCCUCACACAGCGGUGGUUAAUGCCGACUCGUGUUGCCCACUGGACUCGACGAUCCCAAUCAACGUUUUCGCCACCCGCGUUCACGCCCACGCACUGGGAACGGUCAUUACCGCCUACAAAUACGACCCCCACACGCACGAGACGGAAUUGAUCAUCAAGGGAAAUCCCCAAUGGCCUCAAGCGUUUUAUCCGACGACGCGCGAAUUUCAAAUGGCCAAAGGCGAUGAAAUCCUGACCAGGUGCACCUACAGUUCCCUGGGCAAGAGCACCUACACUUAUUCAGGAGGUUCCGGUGCGGAUGAAAUGUGCAACAUCUACAUGAUGUAUUACACGGACGCGGAUAACGGUACCGAAUUCCAGCAGUGCGGAUACGUGUGUAAUCCGGAGCAAAAUAAAGCCUAUCCGGCCGAUUCCAUCCAGCCGUUGCCACGCAAUCCAGUUCUGGAGGCUUACGCCAUUAACGGCAAAAUGAACCAUCAAUUGCGGACCAAUUCCAGCCUGGAUGAGCAUCCGGAAAUCAUCACCCAGCAAAGGAAAGGAGAAAAUCAACCGACCAAAACUAAAGAUUCAACGCCAGUAGCAGCAGCACAAGGUGAUACUGUAAAUAAGGAAUCAAUCGGCACCCAAGCGGAAACUGCCCAGGAUAAAAAAGAGAAACUCAAUCAACUGCAGAAGAAACAAGAAGAUCAUUUUUGGUCUUUUCUAUUUUUCUACCGUCGCUUUUUCUCUUAAACAAAAUUUCUGUAUUUUUAUUCAUUCUAACCAAAUUACAGUGUUAACCGACAUCUCGCAAUAAUCUUGAACAUUCCGUUAAUAUAAAAUAACAUUUUCAUUAGGAAACAAUAUAAUAUAACUUUUUGUUUGUUAACAUUCCAUUUCGCUUUGGCUUAUAUUUCUAAAUAAGACUAAAAAUAAAUGUUUGUGCUCUGUGAA